UUCGGUGUUCGGCACUUUACCGUCCCGUCGAGUGAUCCCAAGCACUGCUUGGACAUCAGCCCACAACAUGACCAUCAACACAAUGGCUAAAGGAGGCUGGCACCGAGAACAACUGGUUUGCUUUCGGAAGAUGGAGAAAGUGAUUGUGGCCAUGCAAGACCCUGACAUGGGCAUGAAGAUGAGAAACCAAAGGCUCCUCAUCACUGUCAUUCCACACGCCAUGACAGGUCAUGAUAUAAUUACAUGGUUGAUUCAAAAAUACUGUAUCUGGGAGGAAGAGGCUCUGCAUGUUGGUGGCAUGCUGGUGAAAUACGGAUAUAUUUACCCUCUCAAAGAGCCACGGUCCCUCGUGUUACGGCCUGAUGAGACGCCUUAUCGCUUCCAGACUCCUUACUUCUGGACUAGUACGAGGUGGCCUGCUACAGAGCUGGACUAUGCAAUUUAUUUGGCUAAAAAGAACAUAAGGAAACAAGGAGAGCUGAUGGAAUAUGAAAAGGAAAGGUACAGUGUGUUGCACAAGAAGAUCAACCACACCUGGGACUUUGUGGUGAUGCAAGCCAGAGAGCAACUUAGAGCAUCCAAACAGAGGCGGAAGGCAGACCGUAUUGUUUUAGAGUGUCAGGAGCAGGCUUACUGGCUCAUUAACAGACCCCCGCCUGGGGUGCAUAAUGUGUUGGAUAUGGGUCUAGAGCGACCAAAUAACUUCAGUCUGAGAGUGACACUGAACAGCGACUACUACAAAAGAGAGAUUGAAACCUCGAGGCACGCUCUUGGAAGAAACCGUGUAAAGUCAUCCAUUUGUUUAGAGAGUUUUGUGAAAUACAGCGAGCAGUACCAGAACCACGAUCCCAUCAUGCAAGGCUGCCUUCCCAGUAACCCUUGGAUCUCUGAUGACACUGCACACUGGACGAUGAAUGCAGACAUUGUACCCAUCCCAACACGGCUUCGAGUGGAGCGCUGGAGCUUCAGCUUCGUGGAGCUCCUCAGUGACCCCAUGGGGAGACGGGAGUUCAUGACCUACCUGGAGAAAGAGUUUAGUGCGGAGAACCUGUAUUUCUGGCAGGCUUGUGAGGAAAUUAGACACGGAGAAAGUUCCAAGAUCAUUGAGAAAGUGGAGGAUGUUUAUAAGAAUUUCCUGGCUCCUGGAGCCGCCCGCUGGGUCAACAUCGACAGUAAGACCAUGGAUAAAACUUUAGAGGGGAUCAAACGGCCGCAUCGCUUUGUCCUGGAUGAUGCACAGAUGCACAUCUACUUCCUCAUGAAGAAGGACUCUUAUCCCAGGUAUCUUAAGUCUGACCUGUACAAAAACAUGCUGGCCAAAGCGAUUGUACCCCAAGAAACCAAGAAAAGUGUCUUUCCCUUCAUGAGACGGCAGCGACAUUCCAGCCCUUCUCCCGCUCAGGCUGAAGAUGGGCGUGCCAAGGGGGCGGGGCAAGCAGGUAGCAACUCUGCCGCCGUCUGAUGGAGGGCUCCCCUCUUUAAGAGGGUCAAACUCAGUCACUUCAGUUUCCAUCUUCUCCAUCAUCGCCACAGCAACCAUCCAUGGAGCACUCUUCUUUCAGAGCUGCUCUGUCGCCACUGCAUCUUUAACAGAGCUUUGAUUUCAGCGUAGAGCACCCAGCCGGAGAGCAGAGCUUCAUAUCCCAGGAUCGUCUGCAUCCUCAUCCUGCAUCUACAUCCCAUCUCAGCCCAGACUGUGUGUUGACUUGUUUCUAAUCUUAGCUUUCAUUUGAAAAUGUUCCUUUUUUGUCUCAGUCCAUCACAUAGCUUGGAAAUAGAAUAAACUUUGUAAUGGAUUAGCAGGUUCUGGUAAAUGCUUUGAUUAGACCGGGUUUUAGUCGGAUCUUUUCCUCAGCAUGAGUGAUGACAGUACAGAUUUAUUUGCCUGGUUCGUCCCAUGCUGGAGCUGCACACUGUGAAUGUUGUUACUGGUCAUUUUGCUCGAGCAUGUUUCCACCCUAAUAAAGUGU